UCCGUCGGACGCGCUCGGGGCCCGCGGCUGGGUGGCGGGCACUUCCCGCCGGCUCUGCGCGUCCGCCCGGGGGCUCGCUCGGCAGCGCAGGCGGCGGCGGCGGCGGCGGAGCGCUCGGCGCGGCGGGCGGACGGGCCGGGCCCGAGCUGCGCGGGGCUGCGCGCGCCGCCCCUGCUCCCGCCGCCCGGGCCCGCGGCCGGCCCUGCUGCGCCCUGCGGCGGCCCCCGCGGCGGCUCCCGGGGCUCCGGCGGCCCGCGCCCCGGCGCGUCCCUUUGUCCGCGGACCGGGCGGGCGGCGAGGGGCCGCAGGAGGGAGCCCGGCGGCGGCGGAGCGACCCCUGCCCGGCGGCCGGCCGCGCGCGCCGCGGCGAUGCCGGACCAGAUCUCCGUGUCGGAAUUCGUGGCCGAGACCCAUGAGGACUACAAGGCGCCCACGGCCUCGAGCUUCACCACGCGCACGGCGCAGUGCCGCCACACCGUGGCCGCCAUCGAGGAGGCUCUGGACGUGGACCGGAUGGUUCUGUACAAAAUGAAGAAAUCCGUGAAAGCGAUCAACAUCUCCGGGCUGGCGCACGUGGAGAACGAGGAGCAGUACACGCAGGCGCUGGAGAAGUUUGGUGGCAACUGCGUGUGCAGAGACGACCCGGACCUGGGAAGCGCCUUCCUCAAGUUCUCAGUGUUUACCAAGGAGUUGACGGCCCUUUUCAAAAACCUGAUUCAGAACAUGAACAACAUCAUCUCCUUCCCUCUGGACAGCUUGCUGAAGGGGGACCUGAAAGGCGUGAAGGGGGAUCUGAAAAAGCCUUUUGAUAAAGCCUGGAAGGACUAUGAAACCAAAAUCACCAAAAUCGAGAAGGAGAAGAAGGAGCACGCCAAGCUGCACGGGAUGAUCCGCACGGAGAUCAGCGGCGCCGAGAUCGCCGAGGAGAUGGAGAAGGAGCGGCGGUUCUUCCAGCUGCAGAUGUGCGAGUACCUGCUGAAGGUCAAUGAAAUCAAGAUCAAGAAGGGAGUGGAUUUACUUCAGAAUCUGAUCAAGUAUUUUCAUGCCCAGUGCAAUUUUUUCCAGGAUGGACUGAAGGCCGUGGAAAACCUCAAGCCCUCCAUCGAAACGCUUUCAACAGAUCUCCACACAAUCAAACAGGCCCAGGAUGAGGAGCGAAGGCAGCUGGUGCAGCUCCGGGAUAUUCUGAAAUCGGCGUUGCAGGUGGAGCAGAAGGAGGACUCGCAGCUGCGCCAGAGCACAGCCUACAGCCUCCACCAGCCGCAGGGCAACAAGGAGCACGGCACCGAGCGCAGCGGCAGCCUCUACAAGAAGAGCGACGGGAUCCGGAAAGUGUGGCAGAAAAGGAAGUGCUCCGUGAAAAACGGGUUUCUGACCAUAUCGCAUGGAACGGCGAACCGGCCCCCCGCCAAGCUCAACCUCCUCACCUGCCAAGUGAAGACCAACCCCGAGGAGAAGAAGUGCUUCGACCUCAUUUCGCAUGACCGCACGUACCACUUCCAGGCCGAGGAUGAGCAGGAGUGCCAGAUAUGGAUGUCUGUGCUGCAGAACAGCAAGGAGGAAGCCCUGAACAACGCGUUCAAGGGCGACGACCCCCCCGGAGAGAACAACAUCGUGCAGGAGCUGACCAAGGAGAUCAUCGCGGAGGUGCAGAGGAUGACGGGCAACGACGUGUGCUGCGACUGCGGGGCGCCAGACCCCACGUGGCUCUCCACCAACCUGGGCAUCCUGACCUGCAUCGAGUGCUCGGGCAUCCACCGCGAGCUGGGCGUGCACUACUCCCGGAUGCAGUCCCUCACCCUGGACGUCCUGGGCACGUCCGAGCUGCUGGAAACCAGCCCUUGCAGCUGCCUGGCCCCGCGACGUCCACACGCCCACCUGGCCAUUCCUGGCUGCUGGUACGACUCGCUGGGCAGGCACCAGGCUGCAGUCAGCUCACCCACAGAGCUGGCCAAGAACAUCGGGAACGCGGGCUUCAACGAGAUUAUGGAGAGCUGCCUUCCAGCCGGGGACCCCGUCAAGCCCAGCCCGGGCAGCGACAUGAGCGCCAGGAAGGACUACAUCACAGCCAAGUACAUCGAGAGGAAGUAUGCGCGGAGGAGGCACGCGGACGGCGCGGCCACGCUGCACAGCCUGUGCGAGGCCGUCAAGACGAGGGACAUCUUCGGGCUGCUCCAGGCCUACGCCGACGGCGCGGAUCUCACGGAGAGGGUCCCCCUAGCCAACGGGCAUGAGCCGGACGAAACCGCCCUGCACCUGGCCGUCAGGUCCGUGGACCGGACCUCGCUGCACAUCGUGGACUUUCUGGUCCAGAACAGCGGGAACCUGGACAGACAGACGGGGAAGGGCAGCACAGCUCUGCACUACUGCUGCCUGACGGACAACGCCGAGUGCCUGAAGCUGCUGCUGCGCGGCAAGGCCUCCAUCGAGAUCGCUAACGAGUCGGGGGAGACGCCGCUGGACAUCGCCAAGCGCCUGCGGCACGAGCACUGCGAGGAGCUGCUGACCCAAGCCUUGUCUGGAAGGUUCAACUCCCACGUGCACGUGGAGUAUGAGUGGCGGCUGCUGCCCGAGGACCUGGAUGAGAGCGAUGACGACGUGGACGAGAAGCUGCAGCCCAGUCCCAGUCGGCGGGAAGACCGGCCGGUCAGCUUCUACCAGCUGGGCUCCAGCGCCGCGUCGGUGGCCAAGGACAAGCAGAGGGGCUUCGCGCCCAGCAUCGUGCAGAACGAGACGUACGGAGCUGUCCUGAGCGGCAGCCCGGCCCCCGGCCAGCCCGCGGCCCCCGGCGCCCCCCCGCUGCCCCCGCGGAACGUGGCCAAAGCCCAGGCCGCCUCCGCUAACGCCCUGUGGAAGACAAACUCUGUGGGUGUGGACGGUGUCAGCCGGCAGCGGUCCUCGUCCGAUCCGCCCGCUGUCCACCCGCCGCUGCCCCCUCUCCGCGUGACGUCGACCAACCCCCUGGCUCCCACGCCGCCCGCUCCCGCAGCAAAGAUGCCCGGUGCCCUGGAAGCCCUGAGCCAGCAGAGCAAGCUGACCCCGCCGGGCAAGCCCACAGCCCCGCCCCUGCCGCAGCCGCAGCCGCCCAGCCGCCUCCCGCAGAGGAGGCCUGCUCCGGGGACUGACAAGUCGACCCCACUGAUCAGCAAAGGCCAGCCUCGAGGCCCUGCAGCGGACAUCUCCGGAACAGAAGCUCUGGGUCCUCUGUCCAACACCCCAGCCCUGCAGCCCCCCGCGCCCAUGCCCAGGAAGUCACAGGCGGCCAAGCUGAAGCCCAAGCGGGUGAAAGCCCUCUACAACUGCGUGGCCGACAACCCAGACGAGCUGACGUUCUCCGAGGGGGACGUGAUCAUCGUGGACGGGGAAGAGGACCAAGAGUGGUGGAUCGGCCACCUCGAUGGAGACCCCAGCCGCAAAGGAGCAUUUCCCGUGUCUUUUGUGCACUUUAUUGUGGACUGAAUCGCUACUGAACAAGCACCCUUAGCAGUGACGUUCCUGCUCGUUAUUGGUACCCACGCUCUUGCCAGAAACCAGUUUCAGGAACUGUAGGCCCACUUGCUCGAAUGCCACUCACCGUUGUGUUUCUAAAACUCACAGGCAAUUUCUAUCUACAAAUGGAUCGUUUUUUAUAAUUUGUGAUUUUCAUGAAACAUGGCUCUACUUUUAUUAGGAAAAACUGAAUUGCCUAAAAGGUGAGCUAAAAAGCUAUUUUAACUACACAGUCAAGAUCCCGAAACGACAGAAUUAGCGGAACCCGAUUCGAGGACCGGAAAUUCUGCCUGCUCUCCUUGGCCCGAUGACGACGUCGGCGCUCGCCAGCUGCUUGUUGUUUAGGCGGCUACGUGCUGUCAGUUCCCCUUUAGAGACCUUUUAAAAACGCCUUCUUAAGAUUUCCCUUGAAAGCCACCCAGUGUUCAGUUAAAGCCACUUGGGAAUGGACACUAGCAUUGUACACUCCAACCCUGAUGUGUGAGGGUGCGGCGCUCCUUGUGUUCUGCAUGUGUGUGUCACCUGUUGUGAACAGUCCAUCCUCCCUAACAAAACUGCCAAUAGCUGAUCGUGGCGCACGACAUAACAGUUCAUUCGGUUCCAGGGUGGGUGACACUGCGUUUCCUGAGUUCGGUUAAAAACUGGCGACGAUGGAUUGCUAAAGGGUUCUCCCCACUCGCUUGGAUGCUCUAGGUGCUUCGGAAACGGCCUUCCUGAGCUCCCCCCAUCGCACAGGUAGCCCGCGUGCGGCCCCGCUGUUGCCACCCGCUCGUUUCCCAGUGUGCCCGCCUUCUCUUCUCGCCUGAGAACACCCCAGUCUAGUGUCUGGUAUUUAUAUCCUACACCAAUAGGUUGGUGGUUACACUGUCUUGACAUUUAAUCUUCCUUCAUUGGUAGCCAAGCGCAUAUCAGAAACCUGUAGGCCCCGGGAAUGAAACACACCCGGACAUCCCAGUUUCACUCUAAGCGUCAUAUCGUUCUUACACUUAAACUACUGGGGCUAGGGGGUUAGGUUGUAUGUGAUCAAAUCAAUUCAUUAGUUUGAUGAACUCGACUGUCAUACCUCUACCUAGUCAUUGAGCGUGUUCACGGGAGGAUGUGGGAAACGCCGGCUCUGUGAGGAGAAACGGGCGGAAGCGCCCGCCUGGCUUUUACCGCCAGCCCAGGCCUGAGCCGCAGCGCAGGCUCGGAGAGGAGAGCGAGGCGGCGGCGCCUUGGAGCGGAGCAGCCCGCGUCACGCGGGUCCUUGUAAGUGUAGGAUGUUGGCUUUUGUUUGUGAUUGUGUUGUUUUUCGUUGCUAUUCUAAAGGAAGACAGAACUGGAAUGUUUUAUGAUGUUGUAGCCCAUUGCUCUUUGCCUGUCACAGUUCCAGGUAAAGUGUGUUAGCUGUAUGAUUAGUCUUAUUUUUAAAGCACUACAUCUCUUUUUACUGGUUGUUAGCUUCUGCUGUUUGAACCCUCCAUUUGGUUAACUUUCUCGCAGGUUUCAGGAAGCGAACGGAUGUGUGUUUUGCACCACGCACUUACUUUAACACAGUCCCCCCACAUCUGCCUCGUACAGUCCGCCUGUGACUCCUCGGUGCCGCUAUGUGAGAAUUACCACUCCCAAUCUAAUGUCCCAGGCUCGCUGGGACAGACAUCCAGGAAAUACUUCCCAGGCUAGUUUGGUGGUGCUGUUGUGCAUAACGGAUAGGACUCUUGUCAGGAGAAAUCAUCAACUUCCCUGCUGAUAGGCUUUCCUACUUACUUGCUCUCUGCAAAUAAAUUUAAAAAGUGAGAGGAAGGAAAGCGUUGUAGAUAUCUAUUUAUAUUCCAGGUUUAUGUUUCACGAACUUCGCUACGGGAUCCUGGCAUUGUGUGUGCCCCUGGUCAGGUCUGACUGCAGGCAUGAGGACUGGGAAACGGGCAGACCCGUGUGCUCUGCUGAGGGCGGGCACUGCCACAUGCAGCUGGAAAUGCUCGGAGAUGUAUGAUACUCGAUUCAUCCACUUGAUUCCUUUGGUCUAGUUGCAGCGCAACUGUACAUAUUGUAUAACCUAAAUCCUUAUUUUCAUUGUCCUCGAUGCGGUGAUUUAUACCUAGAGCAUGUUAAUAAGUCUACUCUUCUUGGUGACUAGUCAUUUGACUAGAAAAAAUAAAAUACUUUUAAAUGGA